GAACUGGUGAUUGCCAAUGUGUUAUACUAGUUGUAGAAGGUAGAUGUAUGCAGAAGUGACUGUCGCUGUUAUAGUUAUAGAAGAUAUAUGUAGGGGGUGAUUGCCACUGUGUUAUACUUAUAUAGAAGGCGUCUGAAGUAAUGGUUGUUUGGCGCAUACAACUAAGAUGUAGUUUACGGAUACACUGAAAAAAAAGUACUAAGGUUAGAACCUCACAAUAGUACAAUACUCUGAUAUCCUGUCGCUCGCAAUAUAAAGCACGAUGCGUGCCUUAGCUGCAGCUAUACUGCUGUGCGUAUGUAUUGUAGCACAGACAAUCAGUGUUGCACAGUUCUUGCUAGCCUUCUUCCCCAGUAAGCCACCUUUGGAGGGGAAUGCAAGUGUUGCCUCUGCUCCUGGCCCACCGCCGGUUUCGUACGAAGACUCAGUGCUGUCCCAAUCUUUAAAUGUGUCCACAGGACUGGGCUACAAUACAAAGUACGGGCGAGUGGUGCUCAUGGUGGUGGAUGCUCUGCGAUCUGAUUUUGUCUUCGACAAUGACAGUCCAUUUGACCAUGUGCGUAAGUUUCAGGAGAAAGGGCAGGCCACAAGCUACGUUGCGAAGGCGCGAAUGCCCACGGUUACCCUGCCGCGCCUGAAGGCACUGAUUACAGGAGGUAUUCCGGGGUUUAUCGACUUAGCAUUCAAUUUGGAUUCAUCUGAACUGAAGAUGGACAAUCUGAUAUACCAGUUCGACAAAUUGGGCAAGCGCCUCGUACACUACGGCGAUGACACCUGGCUCAAAAUGUUCCCACGCGAAUUUUCGCGCUUUGAAGGAACGAAUUCCUUCUUCGUGGCGGACUACACUGAAGUAGAUAACAACGUGACAAGACACAUUGACUCCGAGUUGGUAGCCCCUGAUUGGCAUGUUCUGAUUUUGCAUUACCUGGGUGUCGAUCACAUCGGUCAUCUCAUGGGACCACAAAGCCCAUUACUGCCUCCCAAACUGAGCGAAAUGGACGCUAUUAUUGAAAGGAUCACUAGAGGAUGUGCAAUAGCUGAUCAGGCACAUCCUAAACGUCUACCCACCCUGUUUGUCAUCUUGGGCGACCACGGAAUGACAUCGGCGGGGAAUCAUGGAGGAAACUCUGAUUUGGAGAUAUCAACAGCACUAUUGUUCAUCACACCAUCACAAAGUACCCACACCAACGAUACCGAUGCUAACACUAAGACGGGCGACUAUAUCUUCAGACCAAGUACGGUUGACCAGACCGAUAUAGUGCCCACCAUCGCGGCACUCUUUGGCCUGCCCAUACCACAAGAGAGCGUUGGUAUCGGCAUACAAAGCUUUCUCUCUGAGCAUCUCACUCGCACUGAACGGCUUCGAUUCGCGCAGUGCAAUACCUUCCAGAUGCUCAGGUUCUUGCACGUGAGCAAUGCCGUAGUGGGCCAGAAGCUCGUGGAACUGUCAGAAGCCUAUGAUCGGGCUGUUGUCUUGCAUGCCCAGUAUCUCGAGUAUGUUGCUACCAUGGCCGAAGACACUGAUGGGUCAGAAACUGCCAAUCGAGCGCAAAAUCGGGAUGGCAAUGGAAACAGCGAUCGUGAAUCAGAAUUGUUUGUGAACAUCCUGACUAGAUAUGAGGAGAUCAUGCAAACACUGCACGAGGAGGCACUUCAGGCCUUCACAGGUUAUGUGGAGUUCGAUAUGAUCCGAAGUGUGUGCUUACUUACCGUUGCUUUAGUGGUCCUGGUUAUCUCAUACGCAAGCUUUUCUGCUGCCUCCGACAAGACACAGAAUCACUACACUCCCACUGAUGCACAGCCUACCACCCACAAGCAAGCGUCAAUUCGCACGGACUCUGGGCGCACCCGGGUGGUGAGUGGUGCAGAUAUAGCUACCAUCGAAUUAAUCAAUGUGCAAGUGUUUGUACGCAGUGCACUGAUCUCUUCGGGUGUUUGGUUAGCCCUGUUGCUGUCACGUAGUGUAUGGUCACUUGGGGUGGGAUAUGCAGUCGCACAAUCGUCGUUGCAUGGAUUCGAGCGUCUGUCGAAUGCGCUUAAGUGGUGGGAUGUAGGUGAUUCAUUUGAUUUCCUGUCCAGCUCUAUGGAUAUCGCGUGGACCUGGAUGAUGCUUUAUAUAAUCGUAUUGCUAUGCAGUGUGGGGAUUGGAAUACAUCGCUCGUCUGACUGUGAGAGCAUAUGGCUGGUCAUGAGAAGAUGGUACAGAACCACUAAUGCGCCGUUGUGUAUAGCUGUGUGCGUCCAUGCGAUGAUGAUGUUCUCCACUAGUUUCGUCGAGGAGGAGCACGAGAUCAUUUACUACACACUGUCUACGGCACACACCUAUCAAGCCUUUGCUGUCUUGCUUGAGUUUUUCAAAUCACAACAGCGGCUACAACGCAACCAUUUCUCCAGAUUCAUACCACCAUUCGCGCUGAUGAUAGCAACCAGGAUACUACGUGCGUACAAUCAAACGGGCGACAAAUGGAGAGGUAGUCCAGACAUGCGCGUUUGGCUAGAACGAGACGAGCAUGCCAUUUUGUAUGCAGUAUUGGUAGGACUUUCAAUGGUAUGCGUGGCUGGUGUAUCCAAUAAGAUCGAUAUUCCCUCCAGAAAGUCGCACCGUAAUCUGGCUCACCAAGCAGCAUUGACCGGCAAGAACGACAUGCGAGAGAAAGGUGACAGGUCACGAACUGCAGAAAAAAAUACUUCCAGUGUAGGUAUGACGGCUAUCACACGCACUCACCCGUGGUCAAAGAAUCUGGACGUUUGCUGGACGAUAGUGUGCCUAUAUGCAUGCCUGUGCGCCUUUGUGUACCACAUGAAGAGCUCUGGAUUGUAUGACAAGCUCCGCUUGAAGAGUCUGAGCAACGGACCACAUAAUGUGAUUGAUCGAAUGGUGGGAAUGAUGGUGGCAGGACUGGUUGACAUCUGUGGCUGGUUAAUAGGAAACUCCAUAGUAAGAAUAGCCCAGAUAGGAUUUUUCUUCAUCGCAUCGGCAAGUGUGAUAGCCGCCAUGCGGUGUAUUCUACGGUUUCAGAUGAAGCCAACCACUAGCGACAGACUCAAUGAAGGGUUGCUAGCUGCGCUGAUCAACGAUGUUCUGUGUGUGCUAGUGCUUUUGGCACUGCUGCUACAUCGGACACACAAUUUGCCACUCAUCCCUCUUCAGUUGGUGCAGUUCUGGGCACUUCGCAAAUGGGCGAGUAGCAUGAUGCGAUUCCGUCCAACGUUGCCCACAGUUAAAGGUGACAAUUUCGAACAUCGGUUAACCACAAUGGUAGUGUUUUUGACCUUCUGGCUAGGACGAGGCGCCUUCUUCCAAUACGGGAAUUCGGGCAAGAUUUCGACCAUCGAUAUAAGCGGCGCAUAUACGGGGCUCAGUGAGUAUGGAGGGCCGGUUUACACUGGAACGCUUACGUUGUUUAUAACGUAUACAGGUGUCCUGAUGUGGACACUAGCGCUGAUACCGAUACUGUCCUGGGAUGAUGACAGACCGUCGCAUCAAAAGUUGUCAUUCUCCAAGAGAAUUCUGAUGGCCGCCGUAACCAACUUAUGUGCACAAACAACCUUGAUGGUUACGAUCAGCAUGGCAACCUUUGUACUACGGCACCAUCUGUUCGCCUGGAGUGUUAUGGCUCCGAGGUACCUAUACAUGUUUGCGGAAGCAAUCCUGGGUGCCCUCACUACUCUGCUGUAUCUGGCGUGCGCUUUUGCGAGCGGCAGGUGACAGCACACUCGACUGUCCCCGGUCAGCUGCGUCCUCCAGUAUUAGCGGGGGUAAUCCUUUGGUAGACUACAUUUCAACUCAAGACUAACGAUAUAUGGAGCAGGCCCCGUGUGCAGUUCCCUUUCCCAAAUAUGGCCACUGCAGAAGCACUGCUGCUGGUGACACAGACGGCAUCGCGAUUUAUACAAUCUACCACAUGAUAUGCACAUUAUAGCUGUACUCAAGUGUAAUACAUACGUUCGCAUAUGCGUCACUACGUGCAUUGGACCUGUACAAACUUGAAACACGGGUGUGGCUUCAGAAUGCAAAUAGAAUGCCAGAUGAGUUGUGAAGAAACCUAACCGGAUGCUGCUUAUGUAUUUAUAAAGAGUGUUCAUUUGAUCACGUAAUUAUUUGAUAGAAGCAGCAUACAAGUCUGCAGGCAUUUAUUUGCUAACGUUUACGUGUUGUAGAUUGUACAUCGAUCAGCAACAAAAACUAAUUCAAAAUUAUAGGUAGGAAUACAUAUACUGUCGAGGAUGAAUGUCCACAGCAAUAAACGUUCAGUGCGAACACGUGCUCUCA